AUGGCUACACCCUCCACUUCCGGCACGCCAGCGGCUACUCCUGCGCCCCGCAAAUACAACCUCCGCAAUCCGCUUCCACUCUCUGCCUCCCAAGAACAAGAAGUCAAGCUCCUCUAUUACAAGCGCGUACGAAGCCACUGUGCCCCCGAGAUUAAGGCAUUCGCCGAAUGCGCCGUCAACCGAACCGUCACCGCAACAUGGAUCUGUCGCACGCAGCGUCUGGCCAUGAACUCUUGCAUGGUCGCCCAUGCUAAUCCAGAAGAGGAAGAUCGCGCACGUGAGGACUGGUUCGCAACACAUGAGGAGCGACGUCGUCAAAAGGAAGAGGAGCUCGCACGUGUGGAGAAGCGGCGCGCAGAGGUCAUCAGUAUGAUGCGUGAAGACGAAGCGCGAACCCGAGAGAAGACUCAAGGGAGGUGA